AUGGCCACUCCGGGCAACGUUCGGAGGCCGGGCUGCGAAAGCUGUCGUGCAAGCAACACAGAUGGCAACCGCGGCGAUCCCCAGUACGAGUUUCCAGAAACACAGAAAUGGUGUCGAGUCUCUGGAAAGAGAAUCCGUUUCAUCGACGAGACAGCAGACAUAAACAGCAUCCACAACGAAGACUUCGAAUCCGACGACGAAAUCGUAUCCGACGAAGAACCUCCUCCCAGCCCCCCGAGACAACCUCAACGCCUUCAACGACAGAGCUCGAAUAGAGCAUUCGUCACGCAUCACGACAAUGUUUCGUUAUCAAACAACUUCACGGCCGGAAGCCCGCUGCCCGUCGACCGAGGCACGCCGCACCCCGUCACCAGGCUCCCAGCUCUCCAUCCACAUCCGUCGUACGACAGCCCAGGGUCGACCGCUCAGCUAUCGAUAGACGACCCGCCACGGCCCUAUUCACCCGUUCCUCGAAGCCAGUUGUCCGGGCCGAUCGGUUGCAUCAGCUCCAUCGGCAGCGGCAGCCUGAGUGAAGACCCUGCCAUACCCGAACCUCGACGGUCCUUCCACGCGGCCAACUUCCCGCUUAAAGAUCACCGCGAGGCAGCUCUGGUCAGACACUUCCUCGACUUCAUAGCUCCUCCGUUUGACUACGGAGACCCGCACAACCGAUUCACGACACUUCUUCCUCAACAUGCGGCAAUGAGCCCGUUGUUAUUGAACGCUGUCUUGGCCGUGUCAGCGAAAUCGAAAGAUGAGGACACUACUCUGGCGUUCUUCGAUAAGCCGGCGGAACACUAUUACGAAGCAGCGUUGGACUUGCUCAAGCCAGUUUUGACAAACCCUAACGCGGAUGUGGAUGAUCUUCACGUCACGUCUGCCGUCCUACUUCGUCUAUACCAUAGUAUUAGUGUUCCCGAUAUGAUACCCAACCCACCAACCUUACCACCGAGUUGCGUUUGGGACUUCCUCACGACGCGAGCUAAGUUCACUACGAAAGGAAGUCUGGCCGAGGCGGCAUUCUGGGGCUGGAUGCGACUCGAGAUCUUCCGCGCGGUUAUGCAGCAGGACACGCCCGACAUUCAGCUGGGCCACCUGGACCUCGACCGCUCCUUGCAACCCGCAGAUGAUGAGACCUGGGCGUGGAGGAUGGUGCUGCAUACCAUCGACAUCAUCAUAUACUGUUUCGGAGACGCGGGAACUCCCACGACAUACGAGAAGCUUUCCGCCUACGCCGCCCAAUGGAUGCGAGCGGUUCCUUCGACUUUCUCCCCUGUCUUCGUGGAAAACCCUCCCGACGAGGGCGUCUUUCCCGAAAUACUGCUCAUCAACGACUCUGUCGUGGUUGGGCUGCAGUUCUACCACCUGAACCGGAUACUGCUCACGGCACACAACCCAAACGUACCACGACUUGGCAAGAAUCAGAAGCUUGCCGCUCGAACGCUGGAUAGCGAAAUCACGAGCGACAUCAAGAUCAUGUGUGGCAUCGCGGAGUCACUUGGCCGCUGCACCCCUGCCCAUGUAAUUGCAUGCAUGGGUAUUGCGCUGGCAGGUGAUCGAGUUACGUCUUAUUCAGACCAAGAAGCGCUUUGCAAAGUGUUCGCGUCAACAGCAGAUGCAUUUGCCUGGGACACGGCUCUUAUGGCCAUGUCUAAUUGGUUUAACUUCGAUAGUCUGCAACACCUAAAAGACGCGUGGGGUUGGCCGGAGGAGAUGAUUUCCGAUUGA